AUGCUUUACAAUCAGGCCUACUCAGGCGUUAUUGGGGACAAGCAUCCUAGUGCGAUGGGCCGGCCCUUUAAAGAGAACUUGGAACAGUGGCCAGAGUACUACCGCAUACUUGAUCGCAUACGAGAGACCGGCCAAUCUGUUCAGCAGGAUAAACUGCGCCGAAUGCUUGUGCGUGACGGGUUCUUAGAGGAGGGCUUCUUCGAUUUCUUCCUAGCCCCCAUCCUUGCUGCAGAUGGCUCUGUAACAGGUUUUACGACACGCAUCCAUGAAAAGACACAACAAGUCAUAUUCAAACGAAGAAUGCAGAUCCUGACCAGUACCAACAAGGCAAUGGCGACAACGUACACUGUGCACGAUGUGUGCGCAGCUGCAGCGGGUGUGCUCGAUGAGCACAAGAGUGACAUCCACUUUGCAGCCAUAUACAGUACGGACCUCAAAGGUCACACGUUGGACCUCAUACUGGAAGCCACUGCAGGUAUGAGCGAAGAACGCCGUGGCAUACCACCACAAGGCGAUUUUGCAGUGCUGCAAUUUGGUCUGAAUUGUGAUCUUCUCGAAGCCUGCAAUACCCGCGAGAUGAAGACCUUGUCCACGUCCGACAACAGCCUGACUCAGAACACGCUGAAUCAACUCCAAAAGUAUGGUGUUCCACCAUGCCGGGAGAUUGUCAUUCAACCCUUGAGGUGCUUUGUCGAGAACAACAUAGCUGCUAUCAUGAUUGUCGGGACGACUCCACUCAGAAAGUUUGACGAAGACUAUCGCUCUUUCCUGCAGCUUUUAACAAGGCAAAUCGAGAACGGCAUCACUACCGCUAGAGGUAUAGCAAGGGAGAAGGAGCUACACAGAGCGCAAGUUGCGUCUGAUCUGGAGGGAAGGUUCUGGCGCUUCGCAGAAAACGCGCCGGUAGGGAUGUAUAUGUACAACUCUGACGAUGUUUUGACCUUUUGGAACGCUGCAUUCGAAGGUAUUUGUGGAAAGUCCGGACAGGAACUUACUCAGCCUAUGGCUUGGAUGGACAUGAUUCAUCCGGAUGGCGUCGCGGACAUAACCGCGGUCUGGGAAAGGUAUACUCAGUCAAGAUGCGAAGAUGCUAUCACGUUUGAGGUUCAGUUCAAGAAGCCUUGGACCUCUCAAGGCGAUGGUGGAGAGGUAAUGCUGGACCGAACCUACGCCCUGGGUAUUCUUCAGCCAGAGUACACUGAAGAUGGUAAACUCAAGGGAACUUUAGGCUGCAUCACCGACAUAUCAUCUGUCAAAUGGGCAGAGAAGAUGCAGUCUGCACGACUCUCCGAGGCUAUAGAGCAGAGACGACAACAAGAGAACUUUCUGGAUGUUACGUCACAUGAGAUGAGAAAUCCUCUCAACGCUAUCUUUCAAUGUGCUUACGAACUCACGGAGAAUAUCAAGUUUAGAUUGAAGAACGGCGAGGGCACCCAGGCCCAGAUUGAAACCUUGAACGAGUGUCUUGAUCUAGCGACAACAAUCGCUUAUUGCGCCAACCACCAGAAGCGCAUCGUGGACGAUGUGUUGACGUUGUCGAAACUGGAUGCCAGACUCCUUCAAGUCUACCCGGAAAGCACAAACCCUAUCAAGCUAUACAGGGAGAUCCUGGGGCUAUUUGCCCCUGAGAUACGUGCAUCGGCCAUGAACACAAACUUCAUGGUCGGGGAGGGCUACAACCGUCUCGAGUUAAAGCGGGUCAUGAUGGAUCCCAACAGAGUCACGCAGGUUGUCAUCAAUCUUCUCUCUAACGCCAUCAAAUUCACAAAGAAAGGGAAAAAACGAGAUCUUGAGAUGACGCUAAAUGCGCAUCUGGAAGAGCCGGCAAACAAGCCAAUGGGUACUAGGUACGUCCCAUCAGGCGUUCAACAUCACGACCCUACGAACCUACCUGAAUGGGGCCAGGGCGAGGCCGUCUAUCUGUCGUUCUCGGUCAAGGACAGUGGAUUAGGUAUGACUCCGGAAGAAGCCAGCAACUUGUUCCAGAAGUUCUCGCAAGCAUCACCACGCACACACGCUCAAUUCGGUGGAUCUGGCUUGGGCCUCUACAUCUCACGUAACCUUGCCGAACUACACGGUGGGCGCAUAGGUCUAAGCUCACAAGCUGGAUUUGGUAGUACAUUCGAGUUCUACAUUAAAGUUCGUCAAAGCCAACCGCUGGAACUACCAAUCACGCCGGAUGACCGACCAUUUCCUACAGUCGAGUUGGGGCAUCUGAACAUAACCUCACCCGCAAUGCAGCAGGCUCAGCCUGUGCAGCCACAGAAACAGUCCGGGUCCGAAACCCAGACACUAUCAGUGCAGCCAUCACCAUCUUCACGAACGAACGUCCUGAUAGUCGAAGAUAACUUGAUCAAUCAGCGCCUCCUACGUAAGCUCAUCACAAAGCACGGCUACGACACUCUCACCGCAAACAACGGCGAAGAAGCCCUUGCACUCAUCGCAAGCUCUACCUGGAACUCCGUACAUACUACAAACAACAGCGACAUUGUCCCGACAAUAGAUAUCAUUCUCUGCGAUAUCGAGAUGCCCGUCAUGGAUGGCAAGACCUGUGUCCGCCGCGUUCGACAGCUUCAGCAGGAGGACCUGCUGACUGAAAAGAUUCCCAUAAUUGCGAUCACGGGCAAUGCACGACUUGAGCAAGUUGAGGAGAUGAGACAAUGCGGCUUUGAUGAGGUGGUUACUAAACCGUAUAAGAUCGAUCAGUUGCUGACGGUUAUUGAGCGAUAUGUGGGGAAGCGCGACGAACAGACGGCAGCAGGAGUAUCCUGAGAACAAUAGUCGAUGUUGGCCAGCCAGAGGAUUUCGAUGC